CCACACCUGUGACUGAAGACAGCAAUAACGCUGUCAAAUAAGAAUGAAACAAAACAUAUGUUGACACCAUUCUUGUUCAUGCUUCAUUCAUAUUUAGCUUCUUUACUGGGGAGUAAGUUUCAAACGUUUUUUCGUUUUUUUUCGCUCCAACAUUUCAAACUUUUAAUUGCAAGGAGUGCAAUUUAGAUAUCAGUGAAUCAGCCAUGCCGACAAACUACGCACCGCGGUACGAAGAGGAAUUCCCGUGGAGUGCACCGGAUCCGAAAGAUUGUGGAUCUGCUCGCUGCAAAUGGUGCAAUAAGACAUUCAAAAUCGACUCGAUGGGCAGAGUAGCUUUCGUUAGUCACGAGAAAGGAAAACUGCAUCAGAGUCAAGUUAAAUUGCAGGGCACAAACAUGAAAAUUCCAUUUCCGUCUGUAGUUCAAACUUCCGCUGAUAUUCCACCAGAAAAAGCUCUCGGUGGUACGGUAGCAGAGGCUGCAACAGCCGGAAAAGAGCUUCAAGUUGAACCGACAAGCAGCACAUCUACACACUCUGGAAAUUUGAAAAAAUAUGUGCUGCGUGAGAAAGUCAUGGUAGCCGAAAUAUUAUGGACACUUGAAACUGUGUUUACCCAUAACUCCAAUCGAAGUGCUAGCGCUGAUGUCGUCAUUUUUCCUAAAAUGUUUCCAGAUAGUGAUAUUGCUUCACAAAUGCGUAUGGGGCGUACCAAAAUAGGAUAUCUCAUAACAUACGGGUUGGCACCAUGCUUCCAGGAUGAUUUGUUCAAAAUUUUGAAUUCAACGUCGAAGAUUGUAAUUGGAUUUGACGAGUCACUGAAUAAAAUCGCACAACGCCAGCAAAUGGACAUUUCGGUGAGAUACUAUGAUGAAAUGAAACAUGGAGUUCAAAGUAGCUACGUUGGCUCGGCUUUUUUAUCGUCAACGCGUGCGAACGAUUUGCUCGUCGGAUUAAAGGAAUGUUUUAAAGCACAACCUGGUGUUAUGAAGAAAAUUGUUCAAAUUUCGAUGGAUGGUCCAAACGUCAAUUGGAAGCUAUUGAAGGAUUUGUCCGCUGAACUGCGUGAUCUGAGAAGUAGUUCAACAUUCGAAGUCCUGAACAUCGGUAGUUGCGGAUUGCACGUGGUACAUAAUGCAUUCAAAUCAGGUGCACAGAAAACAUUGUGGAACAUUGAUGACUUUUUGUACGCACUACACAAUUUGUUCAAAGAUGUUCCCUUGCGACGGGCGGAUUAUUCAGCUGUAACCGGAUCUUCUCUGUUUCCGCUGAAAUUCUGUGGUGUACGCUGGGUGGAAAAUCAACGAGUCGCCGAGAGAGCUUGCAAGAUGUUGCCUUUCUUAAAGGUUUACGUGAAUGCUGUAAAGAAGCAACACGAUAGAAAAAUUAAGGAAUCACAUCUUGAUUAUAAGCGAAGUUUCGUUACGGUCCAUAAUUCGAAAGUAUUUUCUACGAUUGCUGAAGGAAUAAAUGAUCCCCUGCUAGAGGCCAGGUUGUCCUUUUUAAUGUCUAUGGCGGCAACUGUUGAGCCAUUUCUCAAGGAGUUUCAAACCGAUGCACCGAUGGCUCCGUUCCUGUUUGGCGCUCUGGUAAAUCUCAUCAAACCAGUUAUGGAAAGAGUAAUUAAGCCAGAAUAUCUUAAAGUAAAUAGCAAAUCUUUGGUUUCCGUUGAGUUGAGCGACGAGAAUCUACUCACUAGCAAUCAAGUUGACGUCGGAUUCGCCACUAAGGCUUCGUUGAAGAGUGUUUCUGCUGUGAAAGAAUCGCAGAUUUUAUUCUUCAAAAAUCAAUGCAAAUCAUUUUAUGUUGCAUUUCUACAAAAAAUCAUCGACAAAUCUCCUCUGACUUACUCGCUUACACGAUACGUGUCUUGUCUGAGCCCACAAGUAAUCAUCGACUCGCCAGAAACAGCUAAAAAACGUUUGUCUUUCUUACUUGAUCAUCUAGUGGACAAAGAUCAUCUAUCAGGUACACAAGCAGAUAAAAUAUUGGUCGAAUAUCGCACCUUUAUCGAUGAACCGAAGGUAAAAUCAGCCUGUUCCACCUACAGAAGGGAAGCGACACGCCUAGACACAUUUUGGGAGAGCAUUCUAGAGCAGUCAUCGAGUAAGUUGCCUAACUUACUGGUCCUCGUCCGAGACAUUUGUAUUAUGUCGCAUGGUAAUGCAACUUUGGAGCGCGGUUUCUCAGUGAACAAAGACUGCCUCAUUGUGAACCAAGAAGAGGAAAGUUUGGUGGCUCAGCGUAUUGUCUACGACGCCGUGGCGAAUGUUGGAAACGUAAAGGAUGUUGUCAUCACGAAGAAAUUAAUUCAAUACACAAAAAACGCGCACCAAAGGUAUCAGGAAGCACUGGAUAAAAAAAAGAAGGAGGAAGACGAUUCAGCAAAGGAAAAACAGCGUAAACGGGAGGCAACGCGGAUGAUGAAAAAUCUCGAAUUAAAGAAAGCAAAACUGGUGGCUGAAACGCAAAAGGAGUUGGCAUCUAUAGAUAAGCAGAUGAAGGAUCUUACUAAGUAA